GGGAAGACUGUCGAAUAACGCUUUCGCUGUCCCGCUCGGUUCGGAACCGCGGGUGUCUCUCGGGAGCGGCGCCCUGGCUUGAACGGUGGAGGCGGCGGCGACCGGAGUGCAGCUGGAUGUGACAGGUCCGUCAUCAGAUCACUGACAGAAAGUGCCUUGUCAGAAAACACCUCCGCAUGAAGUUACCUCGGCAUCUCAGAGCACCUUCGGACAUUUCCCCUACACAGCUGUGACAGUAGAUAACUCAACCACAAACUCUGGUGACCCAGCUGGUCCCCUCAUUACCUGUCCCUGGCGCUAAGAAACUCAAGUGGAAAGGCACAACUGCUGCACGGCCAGCCAAGCUGCCAAAGCUCACAGCGAGUUAGCACUGAGGACGCUUAAAUAGUAAUAACCCACCAACUUCAGGGCAAGCGUUGUCCUAAACUGUGCCAUCACACCUCAAAAUAGCAUUAGUUUCACGCCCCUCUCCCACCCUCCUCCAGCUAUAAUCAGACACAGAAAGGACAUUUCGGGGACAUCGGUCCAGCCAACGCAGCCUAUCUUUGAGCAUGCUCCCCUCUGCCUUGUCAGAGGUGUGCACCUGAGACCAGAUGAUUGAUGAAUAAAUGUUCUUUGAUUGACAGGCCAGGCCAUAGAAGCACUUUCCUAUGCUUUGGCCACAGGGGCUUUGCCAGUGUAUUACCAACGCUCUGCAGUCUGCAAGGGCAAGCCUCAGCCAUUGACCUGAAACAGAUAUUUUUUUUUAGCUACAUGAUCCAUUGGUUUUAGUUAUCGUUUCGUUUUCUUUUUUCGUUGUUUUUUUUUUUUUUUCCCUUGACCCCCACUGGAAUUCUCUGAGACACUCCUUGGAGGACAACCCUGCUCUUAAAACCAAGUGGCUCCGUUUCAACGCAGCCCCAAAGCCUGCUCCACUGCUGACAUGGCUCUAAACAUUGCUUCAAUACGGGACACAAAAUGGCUGACUCUGGAAGUAUGCCGGCAGUUUCAGAGGGGGACCUGCUCACGCAGUGACGAGGAAUGCAAAUUUGCACACCCGCCCAAAAGCUGCCAGGUGGAGAAUGGGAGGGUGAUUGCCUGUUUCGACUCUCUAAAGGGCCGAUGCACGCGAGAGAACUGCAAAUAUCUCCACCCACCAGCUCACCUGAAGACCCAGCUGGAGAUCAACGGACGAAACAAUCUGAUUCAACAGAAGACGGCAGCGGCCAUGUUGGCUCAACAGAUGCAAUUCAUGAUUCCGGGCACCACCAUGCAACCCGUGCAGACAUUCCCAGUCAGCCAGGGCCUUGGCUCCAGCGCAGGAUUGAGCUACACGCCCUACUUGACUCCCAUGUCCCACAGCAUGGGCCUGGUGCCCACCGACAUCCUGCCUAGCGCACCCGUCAUCGUACCCGGCAGCCCGCCCGUCUCUGUAACUGCCAGCUCCUCCUCCAGUCAGAAGCUGCUGCGCACCGACAAGCUGGAGGUUUGCCGCGAGUUCCAGCGUGGCAACUGCGCACGUGGGGAGACAGACUGCCGCUUCGCCCACCCCAGCGACAGCCCCAUGAUAGACACCAGCGACAACACGGUCACCGUCUGUAUGGACUACAUCAAGAGCCGCUGCUCCCGGGAGAAGUGCAAGUAUUUCCACCCCCCGGCCCACCUGCAGGCCAAGAUCAAGGCUGCCCAGCACCAGGCCAACCAGACGGCAGUAGCCGCACAGGCCGCUGCCGCAGCCGCAGCCAUGACUCAGUCGACUGCCAAAGCAAUGAAGCGACCCCUCGAGGCAACUGUAGACCUGGCGUUCCCCCACGGCGUUCUGCAGCCCCUACCAAAGAGACCGGCACUUGAGAAGAGUAACGGAGCGAGCUCCCUGUUCAACCCCAGUGUUUUGCACUACCAGCAGGCUCUGGCCAACGCACAGCUCCAGCAGCCUGCUUUCUUUCCCACAGGGUCAGUCUUGUGCAUGACCCCUACUAGCAGUCUUGCAACAACUCCUGCCACAAGUGUACCCUACGCAGCAACAGCACCAGCCAAUCAGAUCAUCCUGAAGUAAGCGUCAGGAAGGGAAUGGAGUGUCACAAAGCUGCACAAGCAAACCCAAAACAGCCCCUCUGUAAAUACUACCUUACCUCUCCCAUAGAGGUCCAGCAACCUGCAUGCUAAGAGUGUAAUACUACAAUUUAACCUUAAGAACUGGAGUGCCGGUGUAACAUACAUACACACACACACACACUCACACACACACUCACACAAAAAGAUGUAUGUAUUGCUAGAAAAACAAAACUAUUAACAUGAAAAAAGACAAAAAUAUUCUUAUGUACAUUCUACAUAGCCGACAACACUAUAGAGAUGGUGAGGUCAUUUUAACGAUUGUUCUCUCAAGGUACCGUGAUUCCCUCUCUUUUCGUUGUUUUAAAACCUCUGCACAACACUUAGCCCUCAGUCGGUCACCGAGAACCUGUGGGCAACCACACCAACCAACCCCGGCGCUCUCCGACAGACUAGAAGGAUUUUGCUAACAUCGUCCUUGCGUUGCUGUCUGCAGAGUUGAAUGUCCUCGGGGCAGACAGGCUCAUGUUUACUUACCGUGGCUGUCCCGGCGAGGGUCUUGCAUUGCCCCCACCCCACCCCACCCCUCGUUUUCCCGAAAAACCACAGUUGCGAUGCCAUGAUAAGAGUUCACCCUCUCGAACCCCUGCCAACGCGUUUGUCUCUUGGACACAGCUCGCCAAACUGACGGCCUCACAACUGGUUGGAGAAACAGUUUGUGGGAUUCAAUAUGCAAGAAGGUGGAGGCGCGGUUUUGAUAUCCAACCCCAUUUUUUCCCCUUUUGUUCCAUUUCCCAAAUUCAAUGUUAAGCAAAUAGGGUCGCCCUGCACACCGUUUUACCUUCUUUUCUUUUUUUGUGCUGGGUCCAAUUUUCUGUAUAGGAAGGGUGGUGGGAUAGGUUGUGUGUAGAUGUGUGUGCGUGAUGUGAGUUGGGGGCGGGGGGGGGGUGAUGCUCAGCAUUGAGAAAGAGGACAGUAGUGGCCAUUAAGAAGAAGCCUAAAGGCUCUGGUCUGUGCCAAGGGCUUAACAAAGCUUGUGGGUUAGUUGUAGACGUACCAAGCCUUGUGUGUGUAUGUAUGAUUGUGUGUGUGUGUGUGUGUGUGUUCAAGUGUGUGGGUAUUUUUUUUUUGAGCCUGAUGGUCUGCCGGCAGACAGGGACUUCAAGCGGGGGUCCACCAGGGGACUGCAGUGGACUCGGUCUGGCAGGAGCAAAAGGGUAAUGCCCCGGGGCCCGACAGAACGGUUGGGGGGGGGGGACUCAAGUGCUAAUGCUCAAUAACGGUGCAUUUGACGAUCCUCGUCAAGCAAAAAAGUGACUUGAACUUUGACUGGGGGGCUAUCUGUGACUGUCGGUUGUUCUGUCCAACCCUGCUAUCACCGAUAAUCCUGUUCCAUUCGAGAAACUUGUAGAAGUGCCUAAAGAAAAAAAAACACAAAACUUCAAAAAAAACAAAACAAAACAACGCUCAUUAACGCCACAUGCAUCCGGAAGUGUCGCCGGAAGUCACAACACACACCCGACCAGCCCACGCGAAGAAAAGGCUUUCGAGAUCUGCUCUGAGGUUUUGUUUAGUGGAGGGGGGGGGGACACACAGACGUCACGUUUCAGGUAUCAUAACCGAAGAUUUGUCACGAUAACCGUCAACUUUAACAAUAAGUGACUUUCUAACUUAAAAAAAAAAACAAGAAAAUAAAAAAAAAACAAAAAAGAGGGACGCGACGAAUCAGAUCAGCUGUGUACAAUGUUUGGCGCGCCGAGUUUCUCGCCGCGGUUGCAGUUCACGCGCGAGCGUGCGCAAAAGCCGCGCCCGCGCGCGUCAACAGUGUCUUUUGGUGUCGUGAGUCCGAGUUAGCGCUGGACGUUUCCAGAAACGUGUCUUGAGGUUAUUUAAGAGUUUGCGUCGUUAUGUGCUACCAUGGUAUGUUUGUCACCCGCCCCCUCCCUCCCCCCCAAUAACCCCGCCCCCCAUCCACCUCCAGAACAAUCACUUGUAUUGUUUUUUAUGAUCAUUAUAUUAUUAUUAUUUUUAGCUAUGAUUGUAAAAGUUAGCGUCACAUCCUCAGAACAGCCCUCUUUAGUUUUGGUUGACGUGUUUUAAAAACACGUUUUUAACUCAUUUGACGCUAAUAACCCCACCCCCCCCACCUCAUGGUGCUUAACCAUAGACAAUCCACGGCCACGCCCACUUUUUUUUUUGGAUCGAAGACGACCAGACGCGUCUUCGCUUCCGGUCCUCGUUUCGGCGUCCCAUUCAUUUUCACCUUUUCUUUUCUUUUUUUUCCCGCCAAGUGAAUUACAGCUUGUAUGUAAUAUUUGAUUGUGUUUAGGUGGUUUAAAAAAACAGUUUGGGAAAGAAAAAAAAAAGAAGAUAUAUUUUGUUGUAAUUUAUCUUACGUUACUCUUGGUCGAAGUUUUAGUCCAAAAAACAAUGUUGUAAACUAUUCUAUUUUGAGAUGAAUGUAAUUUAUUGAGCUGUGCUGCGUUCUGCACAGACGGUGGCGUCGAGGUGUUUACCCGUUUCAGGUCAGCGGAUGAGAAGUCGAUGGUUUAACCGGUAACCCACCACUAGAAAGCUACUGGAUCCUUCUUUGCCUUCUCAUUUAAAAAAAAACAAAUAAAUAAGAUAAAAAAUGGAUCAAGAGGUUGCAGAAAGGAGCAUAGCUGUUAGAGUCGCUUGUGUUGUUGGGAAAAAAAUGUUUAUUGUAUAGAUGACAUUUUACCAAAAAAAACAAAAAAACAAAAAAAAGAAAAAAAGAAGAAAUUUUCAAAAAAGAUGUACUUUUCACUCUAGUUAUAAUAGUAUUUCAUAACAAUAUUAAGUUGUUGCUGUGGCAACCUGAAGUUGCAAUUACUAAAGUUCGGUAUUUUUGUAAAUGACAUUGUUUAAGUUGAUUCCUUUUCUCUUUUUUUUUCUUUCUUUUGUUUUGUUGCUAGAACCCUGUACACAAGUUAGAUUGUAAAGGAGAGACGAACAUUUCCUAUUCUUCACGGAGGUCAUGACCGUGACCCCGAUUAAUAUUUUCAUUAGCGAAUAACAGCCUCGGUAGAGCUGUGUCUGUAACACUUAAAAAUAGAGAUAUAAAGUUAUCAAUGUUACAUAGAUUAUAUGUAUGAAAGUAACUAAAACUAAAAUAAUCUAUAAAUGACUUAAGUUGAGAUAUGCGGACUCUUCCCCUGACCCCUGACCCUGUCCACACUCUGACACGUUUCUAUGCGAGACAGACUGUAUGUAUGACCAUAGCUUAAGGAUUGCACUUUGCAUAUUGUUUGGAGACGUUAUCCUUUCUGGCUCCCGGAAGGUUUGGAAGAGGUUACCGAGAAACAAGGCAGCGGUUUUGUUUAUCCAUCACAGAUAUUAGAAAGAAAAAUAAGAUCAGUAAAACUUCAGUUGAGCAUCUUUGCAUGAGGAAAACAGCAUCACUUUUUCUUUCUCACUAAACGAUAACGCGCUGACUGUUUCCGGUUACACCGGAAAACAGGAGGAGAUAAACUAAAUAAAUAAAUGUCUGCACACAAAAGUGUUCCCAGUUUGCAACCCCACGAUGCCCACGUGUACCACGAAGCCCUCUUGACAUGAAAUGUUGUGUUGUUGUUGUUGUUGUUGUUUUCUUUUUAAACGUGUUGGCAUUGACUGAAUGAGUUUUCAAGAGGAGAAACACAAAGACAAAAACAUGUAAGCACUUUCUGAGCAGUCGGUCACGUCAGCAGACUCGGCUUAUCCAAACAACUUUGCCUUAUCCUGAGUCCAACCGUGCUUAAUGAGGUUUUAUGUCCCCCAAGAGCUCUUAAGGAGUCCACUAAAGACACACCGGCUGUCUCUCCAAGCAACUGAUGUCUCACUUUCAUUUCAAAUAAAUGCGUCUUUAUAAUCUAAAAAAGAUUUUUUUUGUAUUUUUUUUUGCCUCUCAUCAUCGAAAGGCGGAAAUGAUUGACUGCAACAAAGUGAGCGUUGAUGGAUUCGUUUUAAUUAUUAUAAUUAAUAUUAUUAUUAUUAUGUCCCAUUGCCUUAAAAUGGGACGAAGAUCCUUUUAAAUGUCUUUUAUUUGGGGGGGGGGUGAUGUCAGUCGGACCUUGUCGUUGCCAGUUUUAGCCGGCAGAGGGCGCUACACUGUGACCGGCAGAGGGCGCUACACCCGGGUGCUGCUGCACGGUAGGAGGAGGAAGUGACUGCCUGUGCCAUCGUUUGAUGCAGUGCAUAUCUAACCAUUGUAAAAACAAAAGAUCGUAAAUUGACAAGACCCUCAUUGGAUUUAUAGUUUCCGUGUAAUCAUUUUUCAAUGUUUUCUCUUUCUUUUUAUUUUGCAUUUGUUGUUUUUUUUUGUUUUGUUUUUUUUGUGCUAUUUUAUGUUUCUAUAGUCGAAUGUUUCUUUGGUUCAAGCAAGAUAGUGUAAAAUCUAUUGAAAGAAAGAAAUAAAGAAAAUGAAGACAAUAAAUGUGAC